CCGCGGCGGCGUGGUUUCAGCGUGUUUACAGGGGGAUGAUGGCGGCGUCCAGCAGCAGAUCUCAGGUGUUGUCGCUGUACCGGAGACUUCUGAAGGAGAGCAGGAACUUCCCCUCCUAUAAUUACAGGAUGUACGCCCUGCGCAGGGUGCGUGACGCAUUCAGGGAGAACCGGAGCGUGGAAGACCCGAAAGCUCUGGAGCAGCUCCUGAAUAAAGCCCGCGACAGCCUGGCCAUCAUCCAGAGACAGGUGUCCAUAGGAAAGAUGUAUGAAACCCAGAGGAUCGUGGUGGAGCCUGAACCAAAGAAUUUCUGACUGGGCGUGGUAGAGGAGCACGGAGUGAUGUGUGGAGAAGAUUUAAAGGUUUGGAGAUUGGCAGAACCCAGCUUGUCAUCUUUACCCCAACUCUUCAACAUGACUAGUGACCAGUGAAGGGGUGCAGGGUUGGUGUUACCGAUGACUCACUUGUAUGGUAUAUAGAUUCUCUGUUCCCAGAUUACCUCCAACACCUCCCCGCUGCCUCUCCCCGAAAUCCACACUGCAAUGUGCUGAAGUGCAGAUAACCGGCGAGUGGAACUAUAGCGUAGCAAACACUGCACAGCCUACCUUCGCAACCCACUGUCCACUGUUACAAUUCUGCCCUUUUAAACUUGUGAAACUGUAGAUAUAUAUGUAUUAUUUGUCUUGUUUCAUUAAAGGUAUGUUAAUUUGACUCAC